GGGCACAGCUGCAGCCCGGUCACAUUUUCUCCAUCCAGUAGUUGAAUUCUCAGAGCAGCGCGGCGUGAAAACUGGACCUUUGGCACAGACACGCACUCGCACACGCUCUCCCUCUAAGGCUGCCUUUCCGGCGCGUACUUUGCACCGACACGCUCCUCCGAGGCUUCUUCUUCCAUCUGGAAUUGAAACUUCAGGGACCCUCGCAGGGCAGAGAACAGAGGGCGGACGCACGGAUAGUGUCAGUGCAGUAAAUGUAGCGGCGGGCUGGGUGUCUUUCUGAGGCGCGCACAGCGGUGUUGCUGGACCAGCCGAGAAAGCACCACGUCCCGUCCCGCAUCCUCAUUUUUAACCCCCCUACCCCCCUCCAAAGGGUUUCCCGAACACGGCCAGCAUGAUUCUGCACGGAUUUGCGCUUGUUCUGUCCCUCUCAGGUGUGUUCCCAUCCUCAGCACCCAACUUUAACUUUGCUGCCUCCACCACUGACUGCGUUGAAGCUUAUCGUGUGUGCUCCGCUGAGCCUCGGUGCGAGGCACUGUAUCGGGGCUUAGACCUGUGCGCAACAGAUACAGCGAUGUCCCCACUGGCAGAUCAGGUGGCAUCUGAGUGCCUGGAGAGACAGGAAGCCCUGCUAGCGAAUUACCCCCCUCUACAGAACUGCAAAUGCCAGCGUGGUUUCCGCAAGGAGGAGCUGUGCCUGCGCAUAUACUGGAGGCUUCGCCUGAUGCCAGGGCAGGAGGAUCUGGAACUGUCUCCAUAUUACGACACACUCGUGGAUACUCGCAUGGCUUCCUUAGUAGCAGCCUCCUCUUUUAUGCAACUGGAUGGUGAGAACCAGUGCUUGAAGGCAGCACAAGACUGUGGCCUGUACGAAAAGUGCGGUAACCUACGAUCAGAGUAUGUCCUGGCCUGCACCAAGCCGAUACCUGGUACCAACCGAUGUUACCAACACAAAUGCCACCGAUCAUUACGUCGCUUCCUGGAACGGGUGCCUGAGGAGUACAGCCUGGGGGUCCUGUUCUGCCCCUGCACCAAUACCCUGUGUGGAGAGAGGAGGAGAAAAACCAUUGUACCUUCCUGCUCUUACCAGGAUAUGGAUGGUCUGCCACCGAACUGUCUCCACCAACAGAGCUUCUGCCGCCGAGAGGACCUCUGCAGGUCCAGACUGGCUGAUUUCCUUAAUAACUGCCAACCAUCUCAUCUGACGGCCAGCGGCUGUCUGAAAGACUCAGCAGGCCUCUGCCUCCGAGCCUACGCUGGACUCAUAGGCACCAUCAUGACGCCCAACUACAUCAGUAACAGCUCUGCAGAUGUGUCGCUGUGGUGCAACUGUGACGGCAGCGGCAACCAGUGGCAGGAAUGCCUGAAACUGCAACGCCUCUUCACCCACAACCCCUGCCUGCGUAAUGCCAUCAGCUGGAUGGGGAGCCCUGGCUCACUGCCAGCAGACAUCACCCAACCUCCCGCUCCUAGACCCUCCCCGCUAGUUCAGAAGGAUGAGCUGCUGAGCAGCAACCACCUGCCUGAGCACAACAACAUUGUGGUGGACAGUGAGGAAGAGGAGGAACUGACACAAACAGAGGAUGAGCAGGAGGGUGAUAAUGGUGGCCAGUUUGACGUCAUCCCCCUCUACUCAGAGAGGGCCACCAUCUCCAACCUGGAUGCACAGUCUCAUCACUGUCGGCAAUGCGUUGCCAUGGUUACUCCAGUCUUACCCAGGUUGCUGCACCCUGGGUGAUUCCAAAAGGUGCCUGGCUGAAUAGGACAUCAUUGCCAUGGAGAUUGAGGCGAUGACACUCACGCGCACAAACACACAGUCACAGACUCGGAAAUGAGAGUGGCUGGCUGAGCAGCCUGACUCGAAGAAAAGUUGUCGCGCCAAAGGAGAGACAGCAGCGUGGAUUGAGCUGUCACUUGAAUGAGAGACUGUGUGAAAAUGGAUGGCGCUUUCUCUCUCAUUUUGUCAAAUGUAAACCUUUCUUGUGGAUAAUUCCAAACUAAAGCCUGGGCCCCGGAGAUGAGCAGGUAGAGAUAAAUUAGCUCUAUUUAAAGAACAUCGACGAAGGCUGGGAGCACGCCACCCCACUCCACCCAACACUUCCUUCAAGUUCAGUGCCAGAGUAAAGACGGUACAUUACGCAGGGCUUUCCAUAUUCUCUCGCCCUUUAGUGUGUGAUCCAUCCUGACGCUUCUUUGGUCCUCUGUUUUUCACCUGUUCGGACUGUCGGUGACUGUUUCGUAGGCAUGUGAAUUCCAAGCAGGGUUUCCUGCAGACAAAUAAGAAAAAAAAGUAAAUAAAUAGGAGUAAACAUCAGUUGACAGACAUCAAUGGUUGAUUGGUUUGAAACUGUGUUGGUGAAAAACUGUUAAUGUCCCGGGGCAUAUAUGUGGCCCCACAUGAAAUAUUUCUAUUUCUG